AUGCACCUGCUGCGACGUGAGAGUGAUGGCGAGUUCAGCCUUACUGAAUACCAUGGGCAGCCUCCGCCAUAUGCUAUACUUUCACACACCUGGGGAUCCGAUAGCGACGAAGUGACAUUCAAGGACAUCGAAAAGGGCAGAGGCAAGAACAAAACCGGCUACGAGAAAUUGCGCUUCUGCGCUCGGCAAGCCAGAGAAGAUGGAUUGGAAUAUUUCUGGGUGGAUACGUGCUGUAUUGACAAGAAAGAUAGUGUGAAACUCUCGGAGGCAAUUAACUCCAUGUUUUCGUGGUAUCAACAAUCUUCCAGAUGCUACGUUUACCUCACCGAUGUUAGGCGUCAGAGAAAUGGCGCCGCUGCUGUCGUAGGUUUGCUAACCAGAAACAAAUCUAGCUCACCCCGAAAGGAUUCUGGGCGCCAUUGGGAAAUAUCAUUUCGGGCGAGCAAAUGGUUCACCAGAGGCUGGACCCUUCAAGAACUUCUAGCGCCAACUUCAGUGAAGUUUUUCAACCAGGAAGGAGAUCUUCUAGACGACAGACAAGGCCUUGCAAGAAUCAUCCAUGAGAUAACAGGAAUAUCAGUGCAGGCUUUACACAAAUCAGGUCUCUCACUAUCCAAUUUUAGCAUCGAUGAACGCAUGUCAUGGGCAAAAGGGCGUAGUACCAAACGGCCGGAAGACGCUGCCUACUCUCUUCUUGGUCUAUGUGGAGUUCACAUGCCACCCAUAUAUGGAGAAGGCCAGGAAAAUGCGUUCUUUCGUCUGCGCUGGGAGAUCGAGCGAAAAGCAGCGAUUUCACAGAAAAAGGGCGUCAUGGCUACAGAUGAGAGCCUCCCGAAUAUCUCUCCCUCGUUAAGCGCCUCACAAAAGUCAGUAGAAACGACUGGUAUUGGAGCACAAUGGCACGAUGCCGAAGAUUGGUACCCACACCAACUACACAGGGACAAUGUCACAAAAGACAAUGAGAGAAAAAUGAAGUUGUGGUGGGAUAAUGCGAUUGCUGCGAACCUGGAUACGACCGAUGCCUGGAUCGAUGACUACGAAAAGGCUGCAGCAUUACUUGUGAAGUGGGCAGAUGAACCGGAGGAUUCGAAAAGGAGUCAAGAGGUGAACGAGCUCGACCAUGUCCUCCGUGUGCAAUAUGGUUUCCACACAGAGAUGGUCGUUCUAGACGUCUCGCACCAAGCCGAGCAUCAGAUGAAUCGAUCUCUCGAUAGGUUCACCGAGCAGAACGACGGACCUAACAAUUUACUCGUCGUAUACUAUACUGGCGCUAGCACGAUCGAAGAAGAUCAAAAACACCUCAAAUUGGGAAGCCCGGCGGUCAAAAUAGGCCCGGGAAAAUGGCGGCGCCGGUAUAUUGAUUGGCACAGAUCAUACGAUAUUCUUCGCUCUGACAUAGUGGAUGCGGAUGUCUUUAUGAUACUGGAUACGGAUACGACGUGGGCAAGCAAACAAACGGAUGACUGGAUGGCCAAGAUCAAUCCACCGGAGAGGCAGAACCGGAAUCAGACGAAACGUUUUGAGGUAAUGAGUGCAGAAACAAUCCGCUUCAAUCGUUCUCUGAUCGAAACUUUGAAUACAUUUGCAAACGACAGACGCGGCAAGCCUUUUUCAACAUCCACGCUAAGCGCGCAUCUACGUAAGGACCUGGUAAUAGACGAAGAACAGUCCAUAUUGUGGUCUUUACUUCCAAACAAAAGUCAUAUCUUUCUUAGUCCGGAUAGAAGAGUAUCGAGCGAGAUCUCACUGGAAGGCUACCUGAAGCUAGGGAUUCAACUACGCGAUGAGGCUUUGUCGCAGACACAGAUCGAAGACUUGGUGCGAACUCUAGCAGCAUGGGGAAGAGAGAAGGAUAUCGUACUUCGUGGCAUCGACUGGCUUGGAUUCGAGGUACAAGCGGAGCAGUCAAAUUGUUGA